UAACCUCCACCGUUUGUUUGGUUAACGGAGUUACAUUAUAUCUAUAGGAAGACAGUACGAGUUCUAUAAAUACCUCCACCGUUUGUUUAGUAACGGAGUUGCAAUAUAUCCGUAAAGAAAGUACGAAUAAAUACCUCACAUCGUCUUCUUCAUCCACUUUUGUUCUCUAGCUAUUAUACAGUUCGCAUCAAAUCAAAAUUAGAGUUACAGAUUCUCCGCUAAGAGUGUGAAGACGGUGUUGUUCAGAGAUUUGAGAUCACACAACGAUGGAGGUAUUUGGAAAAUCUUCAGCCAAUGUUAUUUACUUGUCUGCGAUACUGGGCCGUCGUGACGGACCCGACCCGAGUCACAAAUGUGACUGCAAAUGCGAGAACGAGAACGUUUGUGGGAACAUGUACCGUUGCAAGCUAACCGGGUUAACCCACGUCUGUGACAAGAACUGCAACCAAAGGAUCCUUUAUGAUAACCAUACCUCUUUGUGCCGAGCUAGUGGCCGGAUGUUCCCGCUCUCCUCGGCUGAGGAACAGGCGGUUAGAGGUGUCCGUAGGAAGCUUGAUGAUGAGAGUCAGCCCUCUGAGAGCUUCGUUAAGCGUCGUCGGCGUGAUGCUCACUUUCAUUCUUCUCCUUUCGAGAGGUCUUUCGGUGUUGUUAGCCCGAUCUGCAGCCGAGCUGGGGAUGGAAUGGAUAUGAACUAGAAGAGGCUUUUCUUUUAUCUGCUCACCUAGAAUAAUAACACUGCACAAUAAGAGACGUUAUUCAUGUGCUUUUCCAGGGACACUGGGUUGUAGCUCCCUGUCUGAUGAAGCAUUUUAUCUUAGUGUUGUUGAACUUUAUGUAGUAGUUAUAACUUAGGAGAGACUUUGUGAUUCUGCUACUCUGUUCUGGACUUUCUUCUUUUAAUAUAACUAGGUUAAGUAGAAUAAUAACCCACUUGUUUCUGUCUUAUAUUCGCAGUUUGUCCUUGUGUUUGUAUACAGGGUAGAGGCAGCCUUUCUUUGGUUGUGUAUCUUGUUUUGGUUUGUUCUUAACUGUUACAAGAUAGCAUUGGUGAUUCCUGAUAAGUUUAUUACGACAGGUUCUUCAAGAUGAAGAAUCGUUUUGGUUUGUUAUCCUGCAGAAUAUUCUUUUGUCCUUUUGAUGGAGACAUGAUUGAUUACAACCUAUACUUUGUUUAAGAUCAAGUUUCUUCUUUUACAUGAUUGAUGAGCCCUACAAGUCCUGAAUUCUUUUAUGUGCGUGCAGGUUUCAUAGUGUUGUCAUGCAGGACAGCUAAAUUGUCAUUACUCUCUUUACAAUGAAUCAAUUAUUUUGACUGAUAUGUUUCUCAAAUUUCAAGUGUUUUGAGGGGUAAGUCUAACAAUUGGAAGCUUCCUUGUAGGUACAUUUAUGAUCUCAACAGGCAACUAGGGGGAGAGGAAGGACGGGUAUAGAAGAAAGAUAAUACAUUAGCUAAUGACAUAGACUACAUGGUAAUUUUGCAUUCGAUAAACUGUGGCAAAUGUCAAAUUAUUUUCUUUGGUUUGUUUAUGCUGCAAGUUUUUUUGGCCUCUGUAUCACCCAGUCAUUUUUUUUUUUCAUUCUCUCUUCAUGUGUCUGAGGAUCUGUUUUUUUCCAACAUCUCCCAAACUUUAGUUUGUUGAUUAAGAUAACAAGUAUUGACAUCUUACGUCAACGGAUUUGGACAUUUUACAUCUUACAUCUUGGCGAGAGAACGAGGUCCUGGUAUGUAUUAGCAUAUACUAGCAAUUACUGGUUCUUCAUUUAUUAUAUUAUACUGAAGGUUUCAUACUCGUUGGAAUUUGAAUUUAAUGUUCUUAGUAGCUGAAUACAUAAAACUUUAGUUUUGGUUAUAAAAUCAUUCCUUCAGACUAGUAAAAUAGGCCAAAGGUCAACAUUUUUUAAUUCUAUCACUAGUUGUUUUCAUUGAUAGCCUGAUAAAAAAAGAUUGCAUAUAGCCAUGUUAUAUAGCUAUACUAGGGGUAUUCCGGCGCUAGGGUUCGCACUUGUACUCUUAUUUGCUGUGGGCCUGUGGCUACUCUCUUGGUGAUUAGUCUCUCCAUCCUCAAAGCCCUCUCUGUCCUUGUGUUAACUGAAACUCAUGUUAACAUAGUGAAGUAAGUUACGGUGUCAUGUUAUAGAUCAUGGAUGAUCUGAUUGGUUAGUACCUCGUUCUAAGUCACCAACAUUAAUGUCCUCAACUUGAACAGGAAGGAUAGUGUCUUGGUUGUAUUGUAUGUCUUGCUGGGGGCUUUGCAACUUCUUCUUGCGCGGAUGCUUCUUCGUUGCUGACGGGCAAGCCUCCCAUUAGUUUCUGUGAAUGUUAUUCAAACCGGAAAAGUAAGUUCCAAAACGGUAGUUCUAACUUGUUAAAUAAUUCUCAGCAUUAGGUGUGUUCGACCAUUAAGACGAUCUAAUUCUGAUAUUCCUCCGAGCAAGGUGGCUGGUGUUAGGGGAAGAUAACACUCUCUUAACCAGGGCUGGCGUUGAUCAGAUACUGGAGAAACAGAGAGCAAAUGACAUGAUGAAGUUGAAAAUUAUAAAUCUGUCUGAAAUAUUGUCGAGAGGAAAAUCUAACAUUCUGUCAGUUAUGAUAGGAUUCUAUUUAAAAAGUAAUUGUGUACGUACAAAAAAUCUGUUGAGAGUUUUGAGAUAUUAAAAUCGCAGACAAUUUAAACACAAA